UGUGGUCCCUGUCACUUUAAGCCGGUGCGGAAGUUACCGCGGAGUUGCUGCAACCCUCGGUGGAAGGUCAGGAUUUCUCUCCGGUGAAUUUCAACACAACGCUUAUUAAACCACACAGCUGCCUCAAAAGAAAAGCUGGGCGUAUCUACAUACAACAGUACUGCACUCUAUGUCAACCCGAGAGGCUCGUGACUCUGCUAGGUAGUGGAAGCAACGUGCAGUAACGGAAACUUAACGGUUACUUAACGGCGCGUUACGGUCCGUUUAACGUCCUCUCCCCUCAUGUCUGGGUCUAAGUGCCAACGGCUGAGCGGAGCGCUGGUGAAGCAGGUCCUGGACUCGGUGGACAGCGUGCUGUUUGACUGCGAUGGGGUCAUCUGGCGGGGGGACCAGGCCGUCCCCGGAGCCUCCCGAGUCAUAAACCUGCUCAAGGAAAAAGGCAAGAAAGUCUUCUUCGUCACCAACAACAGCACCAAGACCAGGAAGAUGUACGUGGACAAAAUGACCAUGUUGGGGUUCAACGCAACGGUAGACGAGGUGUUCGGGACGGCGUACUGCUCCGCCAGGUACCUGCAGACCGUCUGCGAGCUGCAGGGCAAGGUGUACCUGGUGGGGAGCAACGCGAUGAGAGAGGAGCUGGAGGCGGUGGGCAUCCAGCAGACCGGGGUGGGACCAGACCACAUCUCAGGGAAGCAGACCGACUGGGCCAACGUGCCUCUGGACCCCGAGGUGAAGGCGGUGGUGGUCGGGUUCGAUGAACAUUUCAGUUACAUGAAGCUGAACCGAGCCCUGCAGUACCUGACCCAGCCGGGCUGCCUGUUUGUGGGGACCAACAGGGACACCAGGCUGCCCCUGGAGGGGGGCAAAGCCGUCCCAGGUACAGGCUGCCUGCUGCAGGCCGUGGAGACAGCGGCCCAGCGCCAGGCCCAGACCGUGGGCAAACCAAACCACUUCAUGUUCGACUGCGUGGCCUCCCAGUUCGGCUUGGACCCAACCCGCUGUCUGAUGGUGGGCGACCGCUUGGACACGGACAUCAUGCUGGGCUCCAACUGCGGCCUGAAGACCCUCCUCACUCUCACCGGGGUCAGCACUGUGGCGGACGCCGAGGCCCAUCAGAAGAGCGGCUGCGCGGAGAGGCAGGGGAUGGUGCCGGAUUAUUACGUGGAGAGCAUCGCGGACCUCCUCCCAGCUCUGCAGGGAUGAAACUGCUGCAAGUCUGUCUGGACUGUAGAGUAGCUAUGUGAUAGCCUCACGGGUUUAAACACGAGGAAUCUGGCUAGCCUGCCACAUGCCAGACUCCACUGUCUUCAAAAAGGGAAUUAUUUUCAUUAAGCUUUAUAUGAUUAAAGGAAAACUUUGCCCCCAAAAGGACCAUUUUUAUAUCAGUUAAUCACCCAGUGUUACCUUGCAUUCUUGAAGAAAAAACAGAAAGGGAAUCCAAAAACCGAGUCUUCUCCGUACCAGUACCGUACCGCAAAAGUGUUUUAAAUUGUAAUAUUUUAGCUGAAAUGCAUGUGUUUGGUAAGUAGUGAGCAUAUAACUGGAUGAGGGUAGGGCUGGUGCAAAAAUGUUCAAACCAGUUUCAUAACAAGCUUUAACACCAGGCCAGCCCCAAAUUUUAACACUAGUCUGCCCAAACUCAAACCAUGGACCAGACUGGAAAAACUAAGAAUCAACCUGACCCGACUCUGGACUGGAUAAAUAAGACAUGAAUUAUACAGAAUGAGUUGUGUGAAAAAAAAUUAAAUUACAUUUUUUACAUAGUUUUGCUGUUGUGAAACACAGCCUCAAUUUUCUCCAUUUUGGGAUUCUCUGUUCAUCGGGAAGGCACAUGAGAGAAAAAAGGUUUUCUUAAAAAAAGUCAAAAGUAACACAAGGUGAGCAAUUGAAAUACAAAAUGAUCAUUUUGGGUGUGAAAUACACUUUUAAAACCCUCUCUAUAACAAAGUCACAACCAAGCAGCUAGCUGAUGUGUGACAGCGAACAGAGACGCCAUUAUUUAACUUAACUGUUUUUAAAAUCUGCUAAUUUAACAUGACAAUGAUUUAUUAAUAGUAACAUAAGAACAAUGACUCACAGUAUUGUUUCAAUGUGUGUAUGUUCCUUUUUGGGCGAAGGAGAGUGUACUUUAAAGACCCUGUCGGGUGCAAUCUCCUGUUAAGCAACUACAAGUCAAACUCAAAAAGGGAAAUGAGCACACACAAUGUGUCGACAGUUUGGUAAUACACUGUAUAAGUGUUCAGGUUUACAGCUGUUUAAAAGUCUAUUAAUAGAAAACAGGCAAAGAAUGGGGGUAAAAGGCACUGAAAUGGUCUGUUUUCUAUGUAUUCUCACACCUCAGCAGAAAUGUUGCAGUUACAUUCAUGGGAUGGUGCAAUGAUACCCACCGUUGUCAUGUCAGUUUGUUCGUUAAACUGAUUAUUAGAAUGACAUAUAUUUUAAAUGUCUUCCUUUUCUGUUUUCUCUGACUUGUCCUUGACUCCCCGAAUCACUGAAAACAAUGCUCUAAUCUGUAAUAAAGCUCAAACUAUCUUUACUAAA